CUGUGCUCCACCAUGGAUGUCUUCAAGAAGGGCUUCUCCAUCGCCAAGGAGGGCGUGGUGGGGGCUGUGGAGAAGACCAAGCAGGGGGUGACUGAGGCAGCCGAGAAGACCAAGGAAGGGGUCAUGUAUGUGGGAGCCAAGACCAAAGAGGGGGUUGUACAGAGCGUGACUUCAGUUGCUGAGAAGACCAAGGAGCAGGCCAAUGCAGUGAGUGAGGCCGUGGUGACCAGCGUCAACACUGUGGCCACCAAGACACUGGAGGAGGCUGAGAACAUUGCAGUUACCUCCGGGGUGGUGCGCAAGCAGGACUUGGGGCAACCUGUGUGCCCCCAGGAGGAGGAGGCAGCCAAAGAGGAAGAAGGACUGGCUGAAAAGAACCGGCUGUCCCUCCGCACAAAAGCAGUUGCUUCCAGUCUCGCCCUCUACCCACUGAGCCUGGCACCACAUCACAUGCGCAGUGGCGACAAAAAGAACUGGAGCAGUAUGAAAAGCCUUCUUGGUAAAAGGAGCCCCAUGGAGCACCGCCAGGGCGGCAGGUCCCAACUGUCCUCCCAGCACAUCCAGGUGGUUACCAAGCCCCACGUGCUCUCCAAGCCUGAAGCUGUUCCUGGUGCCUGGAGCAGGUCUCCGCGCACCCCGUACCCCCUGGGGCCUCAGAACCUGGAGGAGAGCCAGGUCCCUCCCCAGACCCAGCCGCUGGAAACGCCUGGCGCUACCCCCCCCCCUCCGGCAAAAGGCGGGGUGGGGCGGGCUUGGGGCGCCUUAAAAGCCCCAGCCCGCUCUCACGUCGCAGCACAGCGCGGGUAA